AUGGACAGAGCCAACAACUCAACAGUAUCUGAAUUUGUGUUCUUGGGACUCUCCAAUUCGUGGGAGAUUCAAGUUCUUCUUUUCCUCUUUUCCUGUGUGUUCUACAUGGCGAGUCUGAUGGGCAACCUCCUCAUUGUGUUCUCUGUGGCCUCUGACUCUAACUUGCACUCUCCCAUGUACUUCCUGCUGGCCAACCUCUCCUUUCUUGAUCUGGGGAUUUGCUCUAUUGCAGCCCCCAAAAUGAUCUAUGAUCUUUUCAGAGAGCACAAAGUGAUUUCUUUUGGGGGUUGUAUAACUCAGAUCUUCUUCAUUCAUGCUAUUGGGGGCACAGAAAUGGUGCUGCUGAUAGCCAUGGCCUUUGACAGGUAUGUAGCCAUAUGUAAGCCUCUGCACUACUUGACUAUCAUGAGUCCAAGAAUGUGCAUUUUCAUUUUGAUUGCUGCCUGGACCCUUGGCCUCAUCCACUCAGUGGCCCAGCUGGCUUUUAUUGUAGAUUUACCCUUUUGUGGCCCAAAUAUAUUGGACAGUUUUUACUGUGAUCUCCCUCAGCUCAUCAAACUUGCUUGUACAGAGACCAAUAGAUUAGAGUUCAUGGUCACAGCCAACAGUGGACUCAUCUCUGUGGGGUCCUUCUGCAUAUUAAUUAUUUCUUAUGUCUUUAUUCUGGUUACUGUUCGGAAACACUCCUCAGGUGGUUUGUCCAAGGCUCUCUCUACUUUGUCAGCUCAUGUCACUGUGGUGGUUUUAUUCUUUGGGCCAUUGAUCUUUUUCUACACCUGGCCCUUUCCCUCAUCACACCUGGACAAAUUUCUUGCUAUCUUUGAUGCAGUUCUCACUCCUUUUCUGAAUCCAGUUAUCUAUACUUUCAGAAACAUGGAGAUGAAAUCAGCAAUGAAGAAACUUUGCCAUCAGCUUGUGCAUUAUAGAAAGUUGUCCUAA